AUGCCAGCUCCUACGAGACAGUGGCCUGCCUGGACUGAAUACACCCAUGGAGGUGCGAAGGAAAGCGGCGAACUUGAAUUCCUGGCUGUCAAAAAGGCUAUCAUUGCAGAAUACGGCACUGAGGCUCUCCGCAGGAGUUGGAUCAAAGUAUGCAAUGAGCUACAGAAAAUCACCGACGACAUAAGAGAAAAGGGGAAUAAGAUCAUCCCAGUGUACAACACGGCAGAUAUCCUCAAGAAAGGCUUCACUGACGCCCAACGGAAAGAGAUAAGAAGUAUCGGUGCUUGCGUCUGCAGGGGGACUGUACCGGAAGAGGACACAAAUAAGCUUUAUCACGACCUCAAGCAGUUUCUCAGCGACAACGAAGGGCACAUCAAAGGCUGGCCUAAGGAGAGUCCAUCCAUGCUCAUGUUAUACAACUCCCCCACACAAAACACCAUCCGGUCACACCCCAAUCAUCUCAAGCUGCAGCGAAGUCUGAAUGAGUUGUGGCAUGACUCGACGGGCGAAACCUCCUCGGAUCCUCUCGUCUAUCUAGAUGGACUUCGCGACCGCGCUCCAGGACAACCAUUUCUUGGCCUGGGUCCUCACAUUGACGCUGGCAGCCUCUGUCGCUGGGCAGACCCGACAUAUCGAAAAGUAUAUGACAGCAUUUUUUCUGGAGAACCAGAAAAGUUUGAUCCGUAUGACCUAAGCGUGCGCAAAGAUGCCAACCAGACGCUAUACGCAGGUGAGGCGCACUCGCAGGUCCUGCGUACUUUUCAGGGUUGGACUGCCCUAACGCCUACGGCUCCGCGCGAAGGCACCAUCAUGUUUUACCCGAACGUCAAGGCCGUCAUUGCUUACGUACUCUUGCGACCUUUCUUUCAACCGCCGACGGGUCCGGGGCUGGACGUGAUGGAUGCUGAGAAGUGGACGGUUGAUGAUUCGUCCGGCUGGUUUCCAGGAACUUUCAAACCAGCCAGCCAGCGGCUCAGUCGGUCUUCGCAUCCUCAUCUGAAGUUGGAAGAAUGUCUGGUGUACGCUCCACCAGUGAAGGCAGGGGAUACUGUCUGGUGGCACUGUGAUCUCUGUCAUGCUGUCGACACGGAACACCUAGGAUUGAACAGCGCUUCAGUGGCCUUUAUAGGCGCUAGCCCCACGACCAAGGUUAAUAAAGACUACGUCAGAACGCAGCUGAUCAGCACCCUUGAGGGUCGCCCAGCUCCAGACUACUCCGAAGGUAAUGAGCUCGAUGAAACCAAAUUGAAAGGUUAUGUCGGGCUGGACCAGCUUGAUACAGAUGCUCGCAGAGCAUUCGGCUUUGACUUAUUGGAGACCUCCUGA